AUGGAUGCCGUGGUGUUCCCGCGCCGCCGCUGGCCUUUGCGCGUGCUGUCUGAAGAGCAGUACGCUUUUUGGGAGGCCAAUGGUUACCUGGUGGUGCCGGAUGCCAUUCCUGCGGCUCUGGCGGCGCAGACGGCGGAGGCCAUCUACGCCUUUGUGGGCGCCGACCGGGGCGACCCGGACACCUGGUACAGAAACAAGUGGGACAUCUAUUGCGACAAGCUGCCGGACGGCAAGUGGCCGCACCACGGUCCCUGUGGCAUGGUGCAAAUGUAUCACCACAGCACGCUCUGGGCCAUUCGCCAGACUGUGGCCAUCCACGGGAUCUUCGCGGAUUUGUAUGGCACGGAGGCCCUCUAUGUGACGACCGACCGAGCGCAUUUCAAAGCGCCGGAGAACCCAAAGUUUCCCGAGUGGUCAGACCCGGGAGAGGUUCACAAGGAUUUGCACUGGGACAUUGAGACCAGCGAGGCGGAGUGGCCGGUGCCCUUUGCCAUCCAAGGCAUCGUCUACUUGGAGGACACUCCAGCGGAGCUGGGCGCCUUACGUGUGGUGCCAGGCUUCCACCGGCUCCUGGGGCCGUGGUCCAAGAGCUUCGGGCAGCGCAGCGGCCGCGAGUGCCCGGCCCAGCUGCAGGCGAUGGCCCGCCACGUGGAGGCCAAAGCUGGAUCACUGGUGCUGUGGCUUUCAGCCCUGCCCCACGGCCCCAGCAGAAACGUCGGCCGAGUGCCUCGGGUGUCCGCGUACGUGGCCAUGCUGCCCGUGGAUGCCGCGCCCUUCCUGGGCCCUGGCCGUGACCCCGCCACGCCGCUGAGUAUGGCGGACGCAGGCACUCUUCGCUACGGAUCCGCCGGUGACGCCAAAGCGGAAGCCGCAACGCGGCUGAGCCGAACGGCGCGGGUGGCAAGGUGGAGGGAGCGGCUGCCGUUGCUGGAGGAGGAUCCCAGGGAGCAUGAGCUGACACAUGCGCCGCCGGGGGAAGACCACGGCAGCCCUGCGGAGCUCUCGGCCUUGGGCGAGAAGCUCGUGGGCCUCGCCGCCUGGGACUCCGUGGGCGACUCCUGCGAAGGAGUUUGA